AUGGUAGACGACUGCAUUGGGCUGCGCGACCUACUCGCCGGCGCCUUUACGCACGCCAUCUUGACCAACUACAAGGUCGACGUGCCGUGGCUCCUUAACCAGUCGUCGCAGCUCACUUCCGUGCCCGUGCUACUAUGCCAUGGCAGCGACCAGGCCACCCUGCGCGCCGCCUGCGCCGCGUACACCAACAUUCAAGUGGUCGCGCCGCCGCUUCCGAUCCCGUAUGGCACCCACCACACCAAGAUGAUGGUGCUCUUUUAUGCGACGUCUGUUCGCGUUGCGAUCUUCACCGCCAACUUUGUCGCGUCCGAUUGGGACGCCAAGACGCAAGGUGUCUGGUACCAGGACUUUCCACUGCGCUCGACAACAGCAACGGAGUCCACGACAGACUUUGAGAAGGAGCUGAGGCAGUACCUCUCGGCACUGCACGCGUCCGUGGCGACCAUGGCCGCCGAGAAGCUACCGCUCUACGACUUUGACGCUGCCAGCGUGACACUCAUUGCGUCGGUGCCAGGCGUCUACACGGCACCAAACGAUAUGGCACGAUAUGGCCAUCUUCGCCUGCGCAAGGUGCUGCGAGACCACGGUGUCGCCGUCGCGCCGUCCCAGCCCAUUUUUUCAAGCCUGGGGUCCCUAACGGAAGCGUGGCUGCGCGACUUUUUGGCGAGUUUUUCGCUGGCGCCACCGUCACCGUUGCCAGCGCCACGGGGCUUUCACAUUGUCUGGCCGUCCGUCGCCGCAGUGCGGGGCUCGAUCGAGGGCUAUGCCGCCGGCCGGUCUCUGCCGUGUCCGUUGAAGAAUCUCAAGCCGUUCUUGCACCGCUACCUACGCACGUGGGACCCACCCGAGUUGCUCCAGCGCACACGCGUCAUGCCGCACAUCAAGACGUUUGCGCGCAUCGGAGUCGACGGAACCUUGGAUUUUGCGCUCUUGACGAGCGCCAAUCUCAGCCAAGCUGCCUGGGGCAGCUACCAAAAGCAAAAGUCGCAGUUUAUGAUCCGGUCGUAUGAGCUUGGCGUGCUCUUUCUGCCGACACCGUCGCAGCGCCUCGUGUGGUCGGGCGCGAGAACCACCGACAACGACGACGACGACGACGCGUCUCGUCUGCGCUGCCCGCUUCCGUACAAGUGGCCGCCAACAACGUACAAUACGCGACAGGACGAGCCGUGGUCGUGGGAUCAAACGCGCGACGAGGUCGAUGACUUUGGCGAGACGUACCUUCCAUGA